CUUCAUUCCACCUGAAAAUUGAGGAGCAAAAACUGAAUUCUGUAAUCCAGUUAACCUUUUCUUUAUCCUAAAAUGACUUUCAUGUCCUCGUUUACUUCUGUUUAAAAUCUUUAAAUGUUGCAAUUCAGUUCUGCUUCCAACUAAUUUUUAUUGAUACUAUUUAGAAAUAUUUUCUAUGCUAUUUCUGCAGAUCUUUUAGUAGUUAUAGUCUCUUUAUUGGAUACCCUUAAUUUGCAUUUGUUCAAUAAGUCUGUUUUCAUUUUUUAGCUCUUUUUUUUUUUUCUCUAAUUGUUGGCUGCUUGGGCAAUAGAUUUAUAGGAAAUCCAUGUUCUUGAUUUUUGGUGAUUCAAUGGGUUUAAUAUGUAAUAUGGACAUUAUCAUUAUUGGGUUGGAGUUAUUGUGUGGAUUUAGAAUUGAGAUACCAGAUUCCAGAAAUAUGAACACCCAUAACUAGGAUAGUUGAGCAACUUUGAGCAAAUUUUGAUUGGUAUUUGUAUUGAUUAUAUGCAAGUUGUAUUGUGUAAUGUUUUCAUGCACAUUGCAUUUACAAAUUUCUUUGCAAUUUGGGCUUGGUUUUGUUGUCAGUUUUGACUUUCCUCUCAAACCCAUGAAGAUGAAAAUUGAGGUGCACUUUUCACUGAGUAUUAGCCAAGUCCCUGCGCGUUUUUCUCUUAAUUGUUUGUGCUUACAGUUGUCAAACCCUUAGUUCUCCUUAAUUACUUUUCUUGACAAUCCAAAUGGAAAUUAUGGUCUAACAUUCAUUCGCCUGGACCAUUAACAUUUAGUAGGUAUACGUGGAAUGCCAUUACUAUCAUUAUGUGACUGAACAUGGUGUAUUUAUAAAGUUCGUGCAUCAUUUCAAUUCAUCUAUAUAUAUGUAUUGUCAGAGGUCAUCCAAACAUUUCAUCCUGAAUGGGAGUCAAAUUCAUACCUGGAAUAUACAACAAAAGCAAACUUGAUAUGCUUUUGGAGGUGCAUGUUCUUAUAAUUACUAAGGCUUUCAUAAUUUGUCUAAUCUGUGUACCAAAUAUGGCUUCUGAUCCCGAAGGCAAAGCCAUUGUGAUUAUGGGUGUCAGUGGUGCUGGGAAAUCCACAAUAGGUCAGAUGCUGGCCGAAGAGUUGAAGUGUGAUUUUCUUGAUGCUGAUGUUUUCCACUCGCAAUCAAAUAAAGAAAAGAUGCGUCAAGGCAUUCCUCUAUCAGAGGAAGACCGGAUUCCAUGGCUUCAAAGUUUACAAGAGGCUUUAAGGGAGAGUUUGACUGCUGGGGAAACUAUAAUACUUGGCUGUUCUUCGCUGCAAAACCAAUAUCGAGAAAUCCUUAGAUCUGCUGACCCUUAUUAUCAACUUGGAAGUUAUGUCAGUGCAGUUAAGUUUGUAUUGCUAGAUGUCAGCGCGGAGGUGCUAGUGGAGCGGCUAAAUAAAAGAGCUGCAGAAGGGAAGCAUUUCAUGCCGGCUACUCUUUUGCAAUCGCAGCUGGAAUUCCUGCACAUAGAUGACUCUGAAGGAAUAUAUAAAGUUGAUGCUACUCAAAGUCCUCGAGCAAUUGUAAAUGUUAUUAAAAGCAUUAUUUUAUUGUCAAGACUACUUGGACAAAUUUGACAGCCGAAAUAUGAAUCUGCAGUGAGAAUGUCACGAACCCCUUGUCAUUCAUAUAUUGAUGAAGUCCAUUGCAUUACUUGUAUGUAUUCCUCGUUGCAUUAUGCAUUGUAUUCUUAAAUCAAUUCUAAGUGCUUUUGUUCCUUCUUCAA